AUGGGUACAGUUCAAAGAAAAAUUGUCAUCUUAGGUGAUGGUGCAUGUGGUAAAACCUCUUUACUUAAUGUUUUCACCCGUGGGUAUUUUCCAAAAGUUUACGAGCCAACAGUGUUUGAAAACUACAUCCAUGACAUUUUUAUUGAUGGACAACAGGUUCAAUUGUCAUUAUGGGAUACUGCUGGUCAAGAAGAGUUUGAUAAGUUGAGAUCAUUAUCAUACUCUGAUACCCAUUGUAUCAUACUUUGCUUUUCGAUUGAUUCUCAUGACUCUCUAGAUAACGUUAAGAAUAAAUGGGUUGGCGAGAUUUUGGAACACUGUGAAGGAGUUAAAUUGAUUUUGGUUGCAUUAAAGGCUGAUUUGAGACAAUCUAACGAUCACACCGAUGAAGAUCUAAAUUUAGGUACUUCUGCUUAUAAUAAUGAUGGAAAGCUUAAAAGAUUGGUUAGCUACGAAGAAGGUGUUGCUGUUGCUAAAGAAAUUGGUGCUUUGAGGUACUUGGAAUGUUCAGCUAUGAAAAAUAGAGGUGUCAAGGAGGUCUUCACAGAAGCUGCAAGAAUUGCACUAACUUCAACUCCGUCAGCAGUGACCAACAUUGGUGUCUCAAACGAGGGUUCAUCGUCAUCUAGCUGUGCUAUAAUGUAA